AGGGGGUGAAAAGGGCGAGGGGUGGAAUCGAAUGGCUGGUUGGUAUUUCCUCUCUUCGUUUGUGGAGAGGAGAGCGCUCCUCUUUCUCCUCCCUUCGCCUCUUUGCCCUCUCAAUCGCUAUCGCUUUCGCUCGCCCCCUUCUGACCGCCUCCCCCCGUCGCGUCCUCAGUCUCUUCAGUGAUCGAAGGUGCCGGAGGACGCCGAGGCAGGCUGACGGCGAGAAUGGAAGCUCCGGCAGGGAGGGGCCGGUGAUGUCGGAAAAGGGAUGGAUUUCGAGGCCUCGGGGACGCAGAUGCGCGGCUCGGUCAGGGUCGUCUCGGAGGGGCCUUCUUCGUCGUCGCAGAUGGGGCUCGAGGAAGAAGCAAUGUGGGCAGGGAGCUUGAGAGGAGGUGGAGGUGGAGGAGGUUCAAUGGACUCUGGACCUUACCCUGAACGGCCAGGAGAGCCAGACUGUUCUUAUUACAUCAGGACUGGCCUCUGUAGAUUUGGAAUAACUUGCAAAUUUAAUCACCCUUCCAAUCGGGUAUUGGCUGUAGCUGCUGCAAGAAUCAGGGGUGGGUAUCCUGAAAGAGUAGGCCAACCUGAAUGUCAGUAUUUCUUGAAGACAGGAACAUGCAAAUUUGGAGCUACAUGCAAGUUCCACCAUCCCAAAGAUAAGGCUGGAAUUGCUGGGCUAGUUCAGUUAAAUAUUCUAGGCUACCCUUUACGUCCGAAUGAGAAGGAAUGUGCAUAUUACACAAGAACUGGGGAGUGCAAAUUUGGGAAUACAUGCAAAUUCCACCAUCCACAGCCCUCAAAUGCAGUAGUUUCUUUACGUGGCUCUCCAGUCUAUUCUUCACUACAUUCCCCAACAACCCCCAGUCAGCAAUCUUAUCCUGCAGGGAUGACAAAUUGGACAUUACCAAGAUCUUCUUUUAUUCCAAGCCCUCGAUGGCAAGCUUCUUCAAGUUAUGCCCAGUUGAUUCUUCCUCAGGGCAUGGUCCAUGUUCCAAGUUGGGCGUCUUAUUCUGGACAACUGGGUUCAUCUCCAGAGUCUCAACAAACAACAGGGAGUGCUCCGUUUUAUAACCCCUCACAUCAAGGUGAGACAAGUGGUGGAGCUCAAGGGAAAUUUUCUUCUUACCGACCAAACUCUGUUACUAUGGGGCUAUAUACAGCAAUCCCAAAUGUAUUUCCUGAUAGACCUGGGCAACCUGAAUGCCAAUUCUACAUGAAGACAGGAGAUUGUAAGUUUGGUGCAGUCUGCAGGUUCCAUCAUCCAAGGGAGAGAUCAAUUCCUGCUCCAAACUGUGGGUUGAGUCCAUUGGGCCUUCCUGUGCGUCCAGGUGAGCCUGUGUGCCUUUUCUACUCUCGAUACGGAAUCUGCAAAUUUGGGCCAAACUGCAAGUUUGAUCAUCCAAUGGGUACUUUCACCUAUGGCCUUGCUGCAUCCCCCACAGCUGAUGUCCCAACUGUUCGUCAUCUCCUGGGAUCCUCUUCAGAACCUCCUGCUUUGACACUGCCAUCAGAAGGUACUGGCAACAGUAGCUCAGGAGUCCCAAGGAGAUUAUCACUAUCAGAAUCUAGGCAAACAACCUCUGGUGAUGAAAAUGCUGAGACAGAGUCAUAGAUAAUUGCCAAUUCAAGCAUUUGCAGGUUUCUUUUUUCCCUAGACAAGUAGAUGAUUUUCUGUCUGUAAUAUCCAGUUUUCCUCACUGGAGAUGUACAGCUAUUUUCAUGUUGUAUUUUUUUUCCCCCUCACCUGAAGAUGCAUCCAUUCGGUGGCAAACAAGGAUUGCCUAUUUAAUGUAUAUCAUCAUAAAUUUAACUGUCAAUUGUUAUGGGGAAUAUGCAAGCCCCCCAUCACAUUGAUGUUUCUAAUUAUCUCUGCAAUCUCAUCUCGCCUUAACUCA